AUAAACUCUUAAAUUAUCCAUAAAAUUUCAUAGUGAAAUCGAUAAGCGGGGAUUAGUAUAUCAAUCUAUCACGCUUUUGUUGAAACAAGGAAGUACUUUAACAUUUUGAAAAUCAAUGCUGAUAAGAAGUAAAAUGUGGACAGUUAACAUAAAACAUGUCUGUUUUAUGUGCACAUUUGCUCAUCAUUUUAUUUCAAAAGGAUCCUCGGAAAAAUAUAACUUCCAAUUUUACAACAAUACUCUGGACUGGAGAAAUGCAAACGAAAGAUGUAGCGAUUUGAAUGGAACACUGGCCAGGAUUAAGGAUUUAGAAACUGCCAGUAAUAACGAAGACAAUUUAAGGAUAGCAGCAGAUACACCGUUUUGGUCAUCUGUUACAGGGUCAUUUACUCCUUGGAUAGUAUACAGAGGCUGUUUUCCACAACCAUCUUGGAACAAUAACAACUUUACAUUAAAACCUAACUCUGUGGGGAAUUGCUUUUCAAAAUGCCGAAAUCAAACAACGAACCCAACUGGUUGUGAAUAUUUUGCCCUUAGUGGCGAGACCUGUUUCUGUUUUUGCACACAUCCUCGUCUUAAGCUGACUGACAGUGUCCAGUGCAACCUAACGUGUAAUAACUCCACUGAUGAUGGGUUCUGCGGAGGAAAAGGCUAUAUUACAUUAUAUCAAGUCAAAGAUACAUUUAAAGGCGAUGGAUUUUGUUUGGCUUACGACUGUCGAUCAAAGGAACUUUUGUCAUCUGGUCAUGAUUGUGACGAAAAACAUGAAGGAUUCUGUGUUCGGGGAAACAAAGAAUUACUAUCAAAUCAACUUAGUUCAACUUGGAAUUACUAUGCGAGGAGCUGUAAAGAACAGAAACUUUUCCUUACUGCUUACAUUCAGGCAGAAAUCAACAAAACGAUUUGCAACAGUUAUGUUUGGACUGGAAUAAGGACAUACAGAAUUUACGAUCAUGAUGGAAACAAAGACUGUUAUGCAGUUAGAAGGAAUUUGGACACGUGGUUAUAUGAAAAAGUCAACUGUUCUCAUAAACUGCCAUUUUUGUGCCAGACUAAUCAUAUUCAGAGUUUAAUAGCUGGGUCAAUCUCUGGAGUUGUCGUUCUUCUUAUUGCAACAAUUCUAUCGAUCUGUUACAUCAAAAGAAAACAAAAACCAAGAAGCAGUACAGCACCACCAGUUCAUAAUGCAAUCUAUGACAUUGUUGACUCUGAUAAUGCAGUAAAAGGACAAAAAGAUGUCAUCUACAUGAAUGCUGUUUCAAAAGACACUAAUAAGCAGGAACAGUUUCAUUUAUAUAUAGAUGAUAAUGUUUAUGUUGAGAAAGCAGAAGGGGAAUAUGAUUGUUUGCACUCUUCACGACCAAAGCCGCAUAUAGCUGACGAUGAUUCUCAGUAUGAAAAAUCAGAGAAUGCCUAUUCUACAACUACAAGAAAGGAACAAGAUGUUGAGAUGCAUGGCUCUCAUUAUGAUUCUGUCAUAAAAGAAAAUUCAUACGAUUCAAAGGAUAACCAUGACAAUAUUUACGGGUCACACUACUCGUCCACAGUAGGAAAUCAGUACAAUUUAAAAUGGAAUGUAGGUGAUAUUCAAUUGCAAGAAACUUCAGACUACAACACUACAUACAAACAAUAACAUAUUACUUAGUCCAGUAUUUUGUCUGUACAUUAAAACCAUCAUUACAGAGUUUUCUUCUGGUCUGAUUCUUCAAAUCGCUGGGUUGCCUGCAGUCUGAUAUAGUCCAGCCUGAUAUUACAUUGACUGGAUGUUAGAAAAAAGUUUCUGGUUAAUCAGAACUUUACAUGUAAUAACACUAUCUUUUAUAUGUUUUAAUUUAUCUUGUCACGUUUUCAUUUCAUAUUAUCAAUUAAUUCUUUUUUUAAAUUCCUAUGCCACAAAAUGAU